GAGUUUUGAUAACUUAAGUCAAACCCGUCAAACCUCUGUCUACGAGUCAAAAAAAAACAAAAUCGACGGUCGACAAGCUAAGCUACUCUCGUUUGGGUAAAAUUUUAUAGCUGUACAGAGUGAACACAUGAAGUAAGAAUACAGACUGAAAAAAAACCAUAAAUAUGGCGUUUGUUUAUCAAGGGGAUCCAGAAUUAGAUUCUAAAUCAAAAAAAGCCGCAGAACGGAUAUCAGAAAAUAUGCAUAUAGUAGCGAAUGAACCAUCAUUAGCCUUGUAUAGACUUCAGGAACAUGUUAGAAAAGCAUUACCGCCAAUGGUCGAAAGACGAGUUGAAGUGACAAAGUUGCAACACGAAUUACAAGGAAGGUGCUAUGAUGUGGAGUAUGCUCUCAGUGCUGUUAAAUCAAUGGAUGCUGCAGUAACCAGUUUUAAGAACAUACAAGAAAUGUUAAAGCAAUCAAUAUUUUUAAAGCAACAGUUAAAAUAUGAGGAAGCUAGGCGAAAUAAAAAAGAUUCUAAUUCUGUUUACAAACGUCUCUCUGCUCACAUUGUACUUGACCUGCCGGACCUGUCAGAGUUCUCUAUGGUUAGGGAGACUACGAGUAGGAUUGAGAAUAUGAUGGCGCAAGCCAGGGGCUCCUCUGUCGAGCUCCACAGAUCUCAUACAACAUUGCACUGAGCUGCGACUUUCAAAAGAAAACAUGUCAGUAUUAGUUAGACUGUAGGGGCUUCCGUGUUUUAUUGUAUCUCAUUAAUAUUUAAGAUAUUACUUGAACAGAAUCAAUUUAUAUUAAGCAAUUAUAACACUUAAUGAAUCUAUCUAGAAAAAACACAUUUUCAUAUCAGGCUGUGUACCUACCUCACAGCGGCACUGUUAAUUGUGUACAGUCCACUUUAUUGCACAGCCUAGUCUACACUUGAAUGUAAAGCAUGGCUUUAUGUGUACUCUUAGAACCUUUACAUUAGGAAUACAGUAUUAAGAAUAAUUAGGAUAUUACACACAACUCUGACUUUCUAGAUGCCAGCUGAAUAGUCAACUCACAAAGAAAUUAUUAUGAGGAUGUUCAAAUAAUGGAAUUUUGCAAUCAUUCAUGUAAUUAUUUCUUUUCUGGUUGUAAUGGUAUAAAAAUGUAAUUCAGCUGUAUGCUCUAGUCAUUAUUAUGUUGGGAUAUUUGGGAUGUCAUAAAUAACUGGUAAUGGGUAUGGUGAAAUCAUUUAUCAUGAAUAUUUAGAAUUAAUUAAUUAACCGAGGUUUAUAGAAUUCAAAAUUCGUUUUUAUUUUGUACAAAUCCAUGUACCAAAGAGUGUCUUUGGUACAUGGAAUUUUAUAUUGUUGUUAUUUUGUUGUAUUUUUCAAUGAUGUACUUACUGCUUUCAAUUGUACAAGAAUUUUGAAUUCUAAUGUUGCAUUAACAUUCUUGCCAGUUUUUACUCCCACUGCUAUAUCUUAAAUCAAACAUAACAGUUGUUGAGGUGAACAGUGUGGUGCUAGUGCACUCUAUGUCAUUGUUUUAAGAGUAGUAUCUCUCUUAUAGGUAUGUAGUAAUUAAUAUAUUUUUGGAGGUGGUGGUAGGACUACUCACUAAUAUGAUGUAGUGGUCAGUCAUUGUCUCUUUCUGUUAAAUAAUGCUUUGUAUAAUUAUAAUUGAUCAGUAUUUAAAUGGAAGGUUCAGUGAAAACAUCUGUUUGUGUGUCUUUAAAUAAAAUAUCUUUCACCUA